AUGCGGAGGGCGAUUAAGGCCACGUUGUCCAACCCACGCGGCUUGUGGACAUGGCUGCGUGGGGGAAAACCGCCUGAUUGCUGGAUCUCAGAUAUUAAUGCUUUUACCGAGCAUUUUUCCAAGGUGCUUAAGGGUGCGGGAAGCGCACAGCGUCGCCGCUUCACGGACAUCGACUUGCCUGACUCAUUUGUGAGGGCAAGAGACGACUGCUCAUUGGAGUUGCCCAAGACCUUCAAGAUCGACCGCAUUCCACCUGGCAACGAGAAUCUCUGCGUACACCACAUUUCAACUCUCCAAGACCCCAUCAAGCUCACAUCGUCUUCCGCUGCUGGGUCUCCACUUCCGCAGGCUUUCUGUUUGAAAGCUGCUCGAGUGCGCGGCCUCAGGUCUAACGAGGCUGCGACGUGCGUGAGGCGCUUUAGCACGGUAUCGUGCACGGCUUUCUGUUUGAAAGCUGCACGAGUGCGCGGCCUCAGGUCUAACGAGGCUGCGACGUGCGUGAGGCGCUUUAGCACGGUAUCGUGCACGGCUUUCUGUUUGAAAGCUGCACGAGUGCGCGGCCUCAGGUCUAACGAGGCUGCGACGUACGUGAGGCGCCUUAGCACGGUAUCGUGCACGGCUUUCUGUUUGAAAGUUGCUCGAGUGCGCGGCCUCAGGUCUAACGAGGCUGCGACGUACGUGAGGCGCCUUAGCACGGUAUCGUGCACGGCUUUCUGUUUGAAAGCUGCACGAGUGCGCGGCCUCAGGUCUAACGAGGCUGCGACGUACGUGAGGCGCCUUAGCACGGUAUCGUGCACGGCUUUCUGUUUGAAAGUUGCUCGAGUGCGCGGCCUCAGGUCUAACGAGGCUGCGACGUGCGUGAGGCGCUUUAGCACGGUAUCGUGCACGGCUUUCUGUUUGAAAGUUGCUCGAGUGCGCGGCCUCAGGUCUAACGAGGCUGCGACGUGCGUGAGGCGCUUUAGCACGGUAUCGUGCACGGCUUUCUGUUUGAAAGUUGCUCGAGUGCGCGGCCUCAGGUCUAACGAGGCUGCGACGUACGUGAGGCGCCUUAGCACGGUAUCGUGCACGGCUUUCUGUUUGAAAGUUGCUCGAGUGCGCGGCCUCAGGUCUAACGAGGCUGCGACGUGCGUGAGGCGCUUUAGCACGGUAUCGUGCACGGCUUUCUGUUUGAAAGUUGCUCGAGUGCGCGGCCUCAGGUCUAACGAGGCUGCGACGUGCGUGAGGCGCUUUAGCACGGUAUCGUGCACGGCUUUCUGUUUGAAAGUUGCUCGAGUGCGCGGCCUCAGGUCUAACGAGGCUGCGACGUACGUGAGGCGCUUUAGCACGGUAUCGUGCACGGCUUUCUGUUUGAAAGUUGCUCGAGUGCGCGGCCUCAGGUCUAACGAGGCUGCGACGUACGUGAGGCGCUUUAGCACGGUAUCGUGCACGACUUCCGAGCGGAACCUGGCUAGUGCCAGGGGUGGGGCCUCGGUCAUAAUCAUGCGCUUGAAACGCGAGGUCACGCUCGUACUUUGCCCGUGUGCUUUUGUACGCCGGGGAUUCCACAAAGACAUGCAUUUCAUCUUCAACCACCCCGCCGUCACAAAGCUUGCAGCCGACGGCGACGGGAUCGGCGACGGGAUCGGCGACGAUGUCGUACUCACGGCGGCCAUUGUGGCGCGAAAUGGCGAUUCCGGGUCCCCGGUUGAGGUGAUGGAGAUGUACGGCAGCGCCGCCGAACGAGUGAUGUCAGCGGCGGAUAUGGGUGUUCACACGCCGGGGAAGUUAUCGUACUGCAAAUGUACGGCUGGUGGCGCCGUUGCUGUUGCGUUGCUGGUGUCUGACCCAGCCCCGGCAGCAACCUGCGGUGUGAAUGUUAGGGUUUCAGGGUUUUAG